AGGCGGAAGCAGAAUUUGGGGCGGGGCCUUGUGGAACUUGGGAGACCCAGCGAGAUGGAAGUAGUUAGGUGUCCGGAGCACGGGACUUUCUGUUUUCUUAAGACCGGCGUCCGCGAUGGCCCGAAUAAAGGAAAGAGCUUCUACGUGUGCCGGGCAGACACGUGCAGCUUCGUGCGGGCCACCGACAUUCCUGUUUCUCAUUGCUUAUUGCAUGAGGACUUUGUGGUAGAGCUUCAGGGUUUGCUUCUGCCACAGGACAAGAAAGAAUACAGAUUGUUCUUCCGAUGCAUUAGAAGUAAGGCAGAGGGGAAACACUGGUGUGGAAGUAUUCCAUGGCAGGAUCCUGAUUCCAAAGAACAUUCUGUCCCCAGUAAGUCUCAGCAUGCAUCUGAGAUAUUUCAUCAUUCUUCCAGCCGGCUGAGAAAUCCAUUCAAGGUACUUGACAAGAAUCAAGAACCAGCUCUCUGGAAACAGCUCAUCAAAGGUGAAGGUGAGGAAAAGACGGCUGAUAAGAAGCAAAGAGAAAAGGGAGAUCAGCUUUUCGAUCAAAAGAAAGAACAGAAGCCUGAAUCGAUGGAGAAAGAUCUCUCAUCUGGUCUGGUACCAAAGAAAAAACAAUCUGUAGUUCAAGAGAAGAAGCAAGAGGAGAGAGCAGAGAUUCAGUGUGAGACAGAGGAGACUGGAGGCACACACAAAAGAGACUUUUCUGAAGUUAAAUCUCAACAGUGCCAAGGUAAUGAGCUUACAAGACCAUCUGCAUCUUCUCAGGAGAAAUCAAGUGGUAAGAGUCAAGAUGUCCAAAGAGAAUCAGAACCUCUGAGAGAAAAGGAUACCCAGCUUUUGCCUCAAAACGUUCACAGUCACAGCUCAAUAAGCAAGCCCCAGAAAGGGGGACCCCUCAACAAGGGGUACAAGAACUGGGAGGCUAAAGAAACAAAGGCAAAGGAUGGCCCUAGCACACAGGCCACCCAGAAAAGCCUGCCUCGGGGGCAUUUCCAAGAGCGGCCGGAGACCCACGGUGUGCCUGCUCCUGGAGGACCAGUGGCUCAGGCUGCACCAGCAGCACCAGGGCUUUCCCUGGGUGAGGGCCAUGAAGCUGCCACAAGCAGUGACGAUGAGGAGGAAGAUGAUGUUGUUUUUGUUUCCUCUAAGCCUGGGAGCCCCCUACUCUUUGACUCGACUCUGGACUUACAGACGAAGGAGAACCUCCAAUUCCCUGAUCGAAGUGUGCAAAGAAAAGUAUCUCCGGCCUCAGGUGUUUCCAAGAAGGUGGAGCCCUCAGACCCAGCAGCCCACCGUGUCUACCUUACAACACAACUGAAACAAAAGAAGAGCACACUGGCAUCAGUGAACAUCCAGGCUCUUCCAGACAAGGGUCAGAAGUUGAUCAAACAAAUCCAGGAGCUGGAGGAAGCGCUCAGUGGUCUUGCCCUUUCCCCAGAGCAAGGAACUAAUGAGAAGAGUAACAGUCAAGCGCCACAGCAGAGUCACUUCACCGAAACUACCACUGACCCUCCCCACCUGGUGCCUCCCCAACCCCUUCCUGGUUGUGGUACCCAACCCGUGGGUUCUCUAGAACUAAAGUCUGCCUGCCAGGUGACUGCUGGAGGAUCCAGUCAGUGUUAUCAAGGUAACACCUAUUUGUACGCACGCCAUACAAACCAAGAUCACGUUCACGCAGUGUGGAAAAUCACAAGUGAAGCCAUCGAUCAGCUGCAUCGCUCACUUGAGUCAUGUCCUGGUGAGACGGCUGUUGCGGAAGAUCCCGCUGGGCUGAAGGUCCCUUUGUUACUACACCAGAAGCAGGCAUUGGCUUGGUUACUGUGGCGGGAAAGUCAGAAGCCACAAGGAGGAAUUCUGGCGGAUGAUAUGGGCUUAGGAAAAACCCUGACAAUGAUUGCACUCAUCCUGACCCAGAAGAAUCAAGAGAAAAAGAAAGAAAAGGAGAAAAGCACAGCUUUGACAUGGCUCUCCAAAGAUGACUCUUCUGAGUUGACUUCCCAUGGAACACUAAUCAUCUGUCCUGCCUCCCUGAUCCAUCAUUGGAAAAAUGAGGUGGAGAAACGGGUGAACAGCAACAAACUAAGAGUCUAUCUCUACCAUGGGCCAAACCGGGAUUCACGUGCCAGAGUCCUCUCUACAUAUGACAUCGUGAUCACUACCUAUAGCCUCGUGGCCAAGGAGAUUCCCACAAACAAGCAAGAGGCAGAGAUCCCAGGUGCAAACCUCAGUGUGGAGCGCACCUCAACACCUUUGCUUCAAAUAGCCUGGGCUCGAAUCAUAUUGGAUGAAGCUCACAAUGUUAAGAAUCCCCGAGUGCAGACAUCCAUAGCUGUGUGUAAGCUACAAGCCUGUGCCCGUUGGGCUGUCACUGGAACCCCCAUUCAAAACAACUUAUUGGAUAUGUAUUCACUGCUGAAAUUUCUCCGUUGCUCUCCAUUUGAUGAGUUCAAUCUGUGGAGGAGUCAGGUUGACAAUGGCUCAAAGAAAGGAGGAGAACGGUUAAGUAUUUUAACCAAGAGCCUUUUGCUGAGGAGAACAAAAGACCAGCUGGACUCUACUGGCAGACCUUUGGUGAUACUGCCCCAGCGUAAAUUUCAGUUGCACCAUUUAAAGCUUUCUGAAGAUGAAGAGACUGUUUACAAUGUGUUUUUUGCAAGAUCAAGGUCAGCUCUGCAGUCCUAUCUAAAAAGGCAUGAAAGUAGAGGCAACCAAUCUGGAAGAAGCCCUAAUAAUCCAUUCAAUAGAGUGGCACUGGAGUUUGGGUCCGAGGAGCCUAGACACCCUGAGGCAGCAGACUCACCGAGAUCCAGCACCGUCCACAUACUGUCCCAGUUGCUGAGACUGCGCCAGUGUUGCUGUCAUCUUUCUUUACUGAAGUCGGCCCUGGAUCCAAUGGAACUGAAGGGUGAAGGUCUCGUCCUUUCCCUGGAAGAACAGCUCAGUGCUUUGACCUUGUCAGAACUCCGUGACUCAGAGCCGUCUUCCACUGUUUCCCUUAACGGCACCUUCUUCAAGACGGAACUUUUUGAAGAUAUGCGAGAGAGCACCAAGAUUUCAUCUCUGUUGGCAGAAUUGGAGGCAAUUCAAAGAAAUUCAGCGUCCCAAAAGAGUGUCAUUGUCUCUCAGUGGACCAACAUGCUGAAAGUUGUAGCAUUGCACCUGAAGAAGCAUGGACUGACUUAUGCCACCAUCGAUGGCUCUGUCAACCCCAAGCAGAGAAUGGACUUGGUAGAGGCAUUUAACCACUCCAGAGGCCCUCAGGUAAUGCUGAUUUCUCUCUUGGCCGGAGGUGUUGGUCUAAACCUGACUGGAGGAAACCAUCUCUUUCUUUUGGACAUGCACUGGAAUCCGUCACUUGAGGAUCAAGCUUGUGACCGAAUUUACCGAGUAGGGCAGCAGAAAGAUGUUGUCAUACACAGAUUUGUUUGUGAGGGAACAGUAGAAGAAAAGAUCUUACAGCUCCAAGAAAAAAAGAAAGAUUUGGCCAAACAAGUUCUAUCAGGGUCUGGAGAAUCUGUCACCAAGCUCACCUUGGCUGACCUCAGAGUCCUUUUUGGCAUCUAACCUCCCAUGGAUAAGGGCUCAGAAUAGCACCACUGCUGGUUUGUAUUAGGAUCUGGGAAUAACAACCUAAUCAUGAGCCUUGAACUCUGUUCUUUGCAUUUCAAUUUCACCAUCAAGCCUUUCACCUUCCUCAAAAUGAGGCAUAAUCUUAUCCCCAGAAUUGAGGAGGGGUUAUGUUAGCCAAUUAGUUAACCAAUUAUGUUAAUACGUCAAUUUAUUUAAUGAGUGGUAUGGAAACCAUUUGAUUUUUUUAGAUAAAAGAAAAUAUUUUAGAGUUGGAUGAUUUUGGAAAACAACUCUUGCAGAAUUGUACAUAAGCUUCAGUAAAGUUAAAAAAGCGGGCCAGGUGUGGUGGCUCAUGUCUGUAUUCCCAACACUUUGGGAGGCCGAGGCAGGAGGAUGGCUUGAAGCCAGUAGUUCAAGACCAGCCUGGGCAACAGAGUAAGACCCCAUCUCUAUGAAGAAUAAAUAAAUGAGCUAGGCGUGGUAGAGCACACCUGUUGUCCCAGCUACUUGGGAGGCUGAGGCAGGAGGUUUUCUUGAGCCCGGGAGGUUGAGGCUGCAGUGAGCUGUGAUUGUACCACUGUAUCCCAGCCUGGGUAAUAUAGUGAGACCCUGUCUCAAAAAAAAAGAAAAAAAGCUCAAAAAGUUCUGUGUUGCCUAUCUCUUCUUAGCUGAUGAUGGGAGAACCACUAUUACUACCUUCUGUAACACAGACGCCAUCCUAUCUCUUCAUCUCUUCUUGCCAGUGAUGUUGCUCCUGUAACCAUCUUUUUGUGGGUGGAGCAGAGAGUCGAUCCCUGCAGCCACCCUGCAACCAGCCAUCUCUGCAGUUCUCUCAGUGCAGGCAGUUCUUCCUCUCAGACUGAAGGUCAAGGAGAUGCUUUGUACAUGAACAGAUGUUGAGUAUCUGUAUCAUUGUAUUGUUUAGUGUCAGUGUAUCAUUUAGUGUUGUAUAUCACUCAGUCAUUUAAUAUUGGUUAUCACCAUAUCGUUUAGUAUCAUUUGGUUCAUUGUAUCAUUUAGUAUUUCUGUUAUAUCAUUUCUAUUAUAUGUAGCAUUUGUAUAAUAUUUGUGUCAUUUUUAAUAGUAUUUGUAUUUUUACAAAUUUACAGUAUUUGUAGCAUUUAGUAUCUUUGUUUCAUUUAGUAUUUGGUAUAAUCUAAUAAAUACUAAUCCAGUCCAAUACUAAUCCAAUCCAAUACUAGUAAUACUAUUGGUACAAUCCAAUACUAAUAAUACUAACAGUAGUAUUGACACAAUCUAAUAAAUAAUGUGUUUGACAGUGUAGCAGAAAUAAUGCUAUGUGUUCAUCAAACCCAUUUCCUUUUCCUCCCGGGCACCCAGAGAGACUGUAUUUCCAUCUUGGCUGCAGUUUGAUGGGGUCCGCAUCAAUAGACUGUGGAGAGAAGUGAUGUAAGUCACUUCUAGGCUGCCCUCUACCACUUUUCAAAAGAUCAUUCAUGCUGUUUCUUCCCUCCUCAGCCUAUGGGAUGCAAAAGAACUGAUGGAAGAUUACAAGGCCCUAGGGAAGGUGAAGCCACUAGGCUCAGCAGUUCUUAGCCUAGUUUUUGGCCAUCAGCCCUUCUAUUAGACUAGUAAAGCCUCAGUCCCAGGAUGGCUUCCCCAUGUGCACUUCCCCCCUCGCACCAGCUCACCUACACUGGACUAUGACAUGAUCAAGGAAUCUUUUUUUUUAAGCUA